GUGUUUCAUCUUGACACUCAGUUCACAUUUUGGCACAUCUUCGAAUUUCCAUUUUCGAGAACACAUACCGACGUAUCAAGCAUGUUGAAGCUGGUCCUUCUCCUGGCGACGUUUGCAGUCGUCACAUACGCGGCCAACAGAAAUGCAUUUUUCAAGAGACAAACAUUCUUGAGAGCCACUGACGUGAGCAAAAUGACCAGAGACAUCAGAUCGUGUUGGCUGGAUACUUCGGGACAAUGCUGUGCUAACAACAUCGCCGACUGCCGUUACUACAAAAGAUACAGCAGAACAAGAAACAACUACUUCUAUUUCAACACGAUGCCUUUCUAUCCUGGUAACUUCUGGUAUUCUUCAUGCAAGAUCCAGUGCCUCUGUAGCUCCUACCAAUCCUCGUGUUCCAACGUACCAGCAACUGCAGCAGCAACAACAGCUGCACCAGCAACUACAACAACCACAACGACUACCACUACUACCGCAACAACUACCACAGCUGCUACGACAACAACUGCUACUACUACGGCUGCUACAACUACAACUGCGACAACUACAACUGCGACAACGACCACUGCUACCACUACAGUGACUACAACUACAACCACCACUCCGACUACUACUGUAGUAACACGAUUCUGCCCAACGACGGCGACCACACAGUCUACCGUUACCAGGAUUCUCGGCGGUACCGCUGUGACAGACUGCACCACCAACCCCGGCGUCGUCAGGGUCGUGGACCCCGCUUCGGGAAGUACUGUGUGCACGGGUGUCGUCACCUCAACAACAACUGUCUCCGUACCCAACAACUGCGCUCAGCUCAUGGGCACUGCGCUUGAACUACAAGACCCAACCACUGGCACCGUCAUUGAAACUCUACCUGUUAUUGACACCACCACCCUCGCAACAGGAGGUCCGUUCGAAAUCACUCUGACCACACCUAUCAGCUCCACGAGUUGCCCUGGCGUUGCAUGCAUCUAUGACGCUGCCAUGGUCGACAACAUUGACCUCACAAGCUGCGUCGUUGUUGGUGCUGGACAUGACGAUUUUGCAGGCACGAACCCCGCAACAUUAUCCUCCUACACCGUGCCAAGUCUCCAGCCCACCGCCGAUUGUCCCGCCCUCCUGCAGGCGUCUGGUCAAGCCGUCCUCUUUGACACUGGUCUUACGUACAACUGUUUCUUCAAUACAGGAUCUUCUACCUGUGGUGGUGAUGCUGGAGCCCCUGUGAUGUGUCCCCUUACCACCGGAGAAAUUGUCGUCAUCGGUCAGGCUGAGAACAUGCCCUGCGACGGCACCGACAUCGUUGGCUUCUACAAUCUGGAGGCUGCGGCUAUCAGAGUGGAACGUAGAGGGAAAGGGUCUAUUCUGUUGGGCUACCAGCCGUUCAGGAGAUUUAACAAACAUAAGAUUGUCCUUGGCACCGGCAGAAAAGCAACCCGAGUUAUUCUUGGUAAACCCAAGAUUACUCUUGGCUAUGUUAUUUGUGAUGUAGGAUUUAAAGACACUGUUAGCGGUGUUGGAUUAAAAGCCAAAUUCUUCUUCGAAAUGCCAUUUUCGAGUCCAACACACACAGACGGAUCAAACAUGUUGAAGCUGGUCCUUCUACUGGCGACGUUUGCAGCCGUCACAUACGCGGCAAACAGAAAUGCAUUUUUCAAGAGACAAACAUUCUUGAGAGCCAUUGACGUGAGCAAAAAGACCAGAGACAUCAGAUCGUGUUGGCUGGAUACUUCUGGUCAAUGCUGUGCUAACGACAUCGCCGACUGCCGUUACUACAAAAGAUACAGCAGAACAAGAAACAACUACUUCUAUUUCAACACGAUGCCUUUCUAUCCUGGUAACUUCUGGUAUCAUUCAUGCAAGAUCCAGUGCCUCUGCAGCUCCUACCAAUCCUCGUGUUCCAACGUACCAGCAACUGCAGCAGCAACAACAGCUGCACCAGCAGCUACAACAACCACCACGACCACAACAACGACCACCACUACUACUACGACCACUACUACUACUACUACUACUACAACUACUACUACCACAACUCCAACAACUACUACUGCUGCUACUACUGCAGCUGCUACUACUGCAGCUGCUACAACUACAACUGCUACAACCACAACUGCAACGACCACAACUGCUACUACUACAGUAACUACAACUACAACCACCACCCCAACUACCACUGUUGUAACACGAUUCUGCCCAACGACGGCGACCACACAGUCUACCGUUACCAGGAUUCUCGGCGGUACCGCUGUGACAGACUGCACCACCAACCCCGGCGUCGUCAGGGUCGUGGACCCCACUUCGGGAAAUACUGUGUGCACGGGCGUCGUCACCUCAACAACAACUGUCUCCGUACCCAACAAUUGUGCUCAGCUCAUGGGCACUGCGCUUGAACUACAAGACCCAACCACUGGCACCGUCAUUGAAACUCUACCUGUAAUUGACACCACCACCGUCGCAACAGGAGGUCCGUUCACAAUCACUCUGUCCACGCCCAUCAGCUCCACGAGUUGCCCUGGCGUUGCAUGCAUCUAUGACGCUGCCAUGGUCGAUGACAUUGACCUCACAAGCUGCGUCGUUGUCGGUGCCGGACAUGACGAUAUUGCAGGCACGAACCCCGCAACAUUAUCCUUCUACACCGUGCCAAGUCUCCAGCCCACGGCCGAUUGUCCCGCCCUCCUGCAGGCGUCUGGUCAAGCCGUCCUCUUUGGCACUGGUCUUACGUACAACUGUUUCUUCAAUACAGGAUCUUCUACCUGUGGUGGUGAUUCUGGAGCUCCUAUCAUGUGUCCCCUUACCACCGGAGAAAUUGUAGUCAUCGGUCAGGCUGAGAACAUGCCCUGCGACGGCACCGACAUCGUUGGCUUCUACAAUCUGGAGGCUGCGGCUAUCAGAGUGGAACGUAGAGGGAAAGGGUCUAUUCUGUUGGGCUACCAGCCUUUCAGGAGAUUUAACAAACAUAAGAUUGUCCUUGGCACCGGCAGAAAAGCAACCCGAGUUAUUCUUGGUAAACCCAAGAUUACUCUUGGCUAGAUGGUUUAACACAUGAAAGGACUUUUUACUUCUUGUGUGUUUACUCGGAAUUGUUUAUUGUUUGUUAUUGUCAUAUGGUAUGUCUUGUGUGCACAGUAUACACGUGCAAGUUUCAACGUUUUCCUUUGCAUGUUUAAAACAGGAGUUUAGAUAGAUAUGUCUAUUCUAUAUUAAUGGAAAUAUGUUGUUGAUUAUGAAAAAUAUGUGUUGUUUGUAUUUGGUUGUUUUAGCAAUUGCGAAGAGUAUGAUUUUAAUAAAUAUGUUUUUCUAA